AGUCGCUACUCGCUCGCGCUUGACCUUAAAGAAAUUCUGGAAUUUAAGGCCUAUUAUAGACGUAUAAUUAAACCCGGAUUGCAAGGAAGAAUAAAGGGUCUCUUAUACUAGUAUAGCCGUAAUAUAAUAGUAGUUGUCUCUCGAAAAGAGGGUGCUCCGCUAGACACUUCUCGAUUCUAGGAAUUGCGGCAUAGAAAAUAAGUUCCCGGAUCCUAGUUUUAGAAGAUAGUUCUAGAAUCUAGUAUCGCCUCUACCGAAGAAUCGUAUAUAAGUACGCUUACGUAGAUCGAGCUACGCUUCGCCUUAAUCGCACCUCAAAAUAGAUCUAGGUACAGCUUACAGUACCUUAAUAGGCGUAAUCUUCGUAUUGUUUCUAGGCUAGUAUGUCGCUACCGCUACGGUCGCUAUACGCCGGCGCGUAGUACGGAUCCUAUAGAGGCAUGUGUUAUAGAAACUGUUACUAACCAGACAAAAGGGUACUAGCGACUUUAGUAUUAUCGACGGAAUUGCCGUACUUAGCCUUAUCGCGGGAAACAUUAUUACGUGCCUAAUAGAUGUUUUAUUAGCCGCCGAGCUUACGCCUCGCUUCGGUAUCGUCUCUAUUAUUAACCUAGUGCCCCUGUUCUUAGGUAGUAGAAACAACAUUGUCGUAGCUACGAUCUUCGGCCUACCGCUCUAGUCUUAUCUAGUCCUUUAUCGCUAGCUUAGAAGGGUAUUCGUAGGCGAGGUUCUAGGGCACAUUUUGGUACACGUAGCGACUAGGGGGUGGAACACUAUAGCUAUCGACUAACUUGUAGUAAGCUCCUAUCUAGCUACUAUAUACUAGUAAGCUUACUUGUACUAGCUGUUAGCCCUAGUCGGAGUAAUCCUACUAAUGUCUCUCCUCUAGAUCCGGAGAGUAUUCUACGAGGUCUUCCUAAAGUCCUACGUCGUACUCGCUCUAGCGCUUAUUAGCUGUCUAUAGUUCUAUACUCGUCCUUAGAGCACUCUUACAAUUUCCUGUCUUACUACGUUAUCCGUAUUAUAGGCUAGGUAAGGCCUAUUAUAGGGACUACGACUUGUCUAUCGUAAUGUUAGGGGUCAGGCUGUUACAUUAUAUCCCGUAAAGUACUUUGUUAGCGACGGUUUACCCGAAGAGGUCGUUACAUUAAACAUUAAGGUAGGCCGUCCUUAGAACGUCUCGCCCGGUUAGUUUGUCUAUCUAACAGUCCUAGGGUGCCUAUACCGCUUUAUUAGCAGUCUGUAAGCCCAUCCCUAUAUAGUAGCUUAGGUUAAGGAAUCUACGUCUAACACACUAUAGAAGCUUUACUUCCUUAUCGCUUGUUAGAAAGGAUUUAGUAACUAUUUACGAUUAUAUAAAGGCAAUGUUAGUACGAUUGUCGACGGCCUAUACGGAGGUAUCGGUAAUAUCAAAGUAUACGACAAACAUCUUUUUAUAGCGAAUAGCGUCGGGAUAGCUACGUAUCUACUCGCUAUUCGCGAUCUACUCCGUAUAUAUAAUAAUUAGACCUCUCGAGUUCGCCGGAUCACACUACUAUAGCUUAUCGACAAAGAAGGUAAGUAAUUAUUAGUUCGCGGAUGUCUAUAGUACUAACGUUUCCCUAAACAUAAGCAAUAGGCCUCGGCUAUGCUUAAAACCUUAAUAGUACAAGACUAUCGCAAAAUCUUUACAGUUAUCGUCUUUAAUUAACUAGACAUAGUAGCCGUCGCUCGGACGACAUUAAAGGUACAAGAUCGAUAGUAUAGAGUAGCUAGCCUACUUAACAUUAGGUGGGUCCUCCGGUAAGAAGUAAACGCCGAGGCAGGAACGAUAGCGCUCUCGAGUAUAAUUAUCCUAUAGCUUUCUAGACUGUACUAACGUACUUAGUAUACGGCAAUCCGCUGUUCGAACAAGGAAUUCGUAAAGCUAUUCGUACUUUACCCGAUAGCGUCGACCUUAUCACCUCUUACUUUAGUGUUUAAGGCUACUACUCCUUUACUAAGUACCGUACUCAAUUUACGACGAUUCCCGCAUCCUUCUCGUUCUAACUUUCUCUUCUUAGAGGGGGCAAGCGGCCUUGUUAAAGGAUACGGCGACUAGUAGUAUUACAAUUUAGUAGUAGCCUUAGUCGUACAUUACUUAGUACUACUCGCUGUAUCUUUAGUAGAUAAACUCGUACUCGAUCGUACUUCGAUACAGUCUAACUCUUCGUCCCCGGUACGCCCUAGUUGUAGUUCUUACUCGUAUCGGAUCUGUCCGUUAGUACUAUUACUACUUCUAGGUAUCCCAAAAUAUAUUGCCGACGGGAGCGGUUCGGUAGUUACACCGUAGUAAUAGCGAACUAAGGUAUACUAUUAGACAAGCUAUAAAGGAGAUGGGCCGUACUAGGCGAUAGUAAGGAGGCAUACUUAGAUGUCUAAAGGAAUGCUAUUAAGGAUCUAAUAGUUACUUAGCGGGCUAGAGUACAGUAAUCUUAGGUAAGAAUUUAGGUCUAUAGUAAUAACUGAUACUACUACUAUAUAUAGCUACCUUACUAUUAAGGGAAUUUAUAUUAUAGUAACAUUUAUAUAGAUUUCCCGUAAGAUCCUAGGGUCCGACCCGAAGCCUAAUAAGGCGCGGACCUACCUAGCCUACUAUGUCUAUCGCUCUACGCUAGUAAGAGCUCGUCGUAGAGUAGGCGUGUAAUUUUGAGUUUAUAGCUCCGUAGCCCGGAUUACGGACACUACGUCCUUCGUGAACCUAAUAGUAGUUCUAGGUGGGAGCUUAGGAAAUCGAGGCGCGUAUAACAGGCUUGUAAACAAGCCUACAAUAUCGAGCGUUAACUCGCCUAAGCUAUCUUAAGUCUCUCUAGCGGUAUCGUCUACAACCUCGAGCGUAGUCGCUCUAUCGUUAUCCUUAUGUAAAGACUACUAAAAGCAUUCUCCCGACGAUAACGAUAACGACUCUAUGUUUGUCUUAUUAGUCGUCGCUAGACUCCGUUGUUCGGUCUCUACGUAGGGGGGAGAUGUCUACGCCCGUCGGAUAAGGCUAAGUUUCUUUAAACAUUAAGUAUUAGUACAACUCGAAAGACAAAGGGUCUGUAUACUUACGACUGUCUGUAGCAACUUUCGCCUCUCGUUACGGAGCUCGUAGUCUAUGCUUCGAAUAUGUCUACCGAGUAGUACCUCUAGUUACCGGGGAAAGAAGCUAGUAUAUAAGUUCCUCUACUAGUUAUAAGAGCGCUAUCGCUUGUCUAAAGGUAAGAUUAACU